CAAUACAUCAUUGAAUACAUGCGUAAAAAAAAAAUAUAUUGAAUUUCAUCACGAUGCGAGCGGGAAAAGUGGAAAUACAAAAAAUUGAAAGCAGAACCAGGAGCCGUUGGCCAUCACUCAUUCACUCACACUAUCCUCACUUCUUACAAACUCAUUCUCAUCUCAUCAAUCACUAAAAUGGAACAUCUUCCCUCUCUCGCACUUCAAAUCCUCGCCGGUCCUCGCAAAGGCGAAACGCUCCAAUUCCGACCCGAAUCCACAAUCAAAAUCGGUCGGGUCAUCCGCGGUAACACUCUCCCCAUCAAAGAUUCAGGUAUAUCCACAAAACAUCUCUCUAUUCAAAUUGAAUCCGGUAAUUGGAUACUCACAGAUCUAGAUUCCUCAAACGGCACCGUUUUAGACGGUAAUCACAUUCCUCCAAACACUCCUUUUCAUCUCCGUGAUGGAUCCACUAUUAAGAUCGGUGAAGUUACCUCCAUCGUUGUUAACUUUGUUAAACCCCAAAAUAACCCUACCUGUACUGAAGUUGAAGAUAAACCAAUCAGGGGUAAAAGAGGUAAUAAUAAUAAGGGUUGUAAAGUUAGGGUUCCUGUGAAGAGUAUUGAUGAAAACGCAAUUGUAAGUGAUGGUAAUGAUUCUGAUUAUGUCGAUCGACCUGAGCCAGCGCGGGUUACACGUAAUCCGAGGAGUACGCGGAGUGGUGUUGUUUCUGAUUCUGCUGAUGGGAAUUUGGAUGCUGUUGAAGAGAAGGUGGAAGAGCCGAAGAAUGUGAGGGUGACGCGGAAUUCGAAGAAUAAGAAGAAUGCGGUUGAGAUUUGUGGUUCCAGUAUUGGGAAUUCAGAAGCUCCGGAAGAGAAGGUGGAGGAACUGAAGAAUGUGAGGGUGACAAGGAAUUUGAGGAAUAAGCUGAAUAAAAUGGGGAUUUCUGAAUCGAGUAUUGGGGAUUUGGAUGCUGUGAAAGAGAAGGCGGAGGAGGGACCGAGGAACGGAAGGGUGACUAGGAAUGCAAAGAAUAAAGGGGUUGUAAUUGAGGAAAAUUCAAGCUUGGUUGAUGGGGUGGAGAAUGUUGUGAAAAAGAAAACAAGGGGUGGAGCUAAGGGUAAUAAGAAGUUACAGGAAGAGUGUGUUGGUGAAGGAGAUGGUAAAGAGAAUUGUGAUGAAAAAGAAAAGGAGAAUUUGAAUGGGGAUGAUAAUUGGCCUGAUUUGACGAAGAUGACUUUAGGCGAGUGGUUUGAUUUCAUGGAAGUUUAUUUGCCUAAAAAGAUAAAUGAUGAAACUGAAGCCAUUAUUGAUUCCAUGAGACAAAAAGCCGAGAGACUCCGCCAGUACGUAAUAAUGUAUGAGAAUCAAAAAGCUUGAACUCCCUUAGAAUGCUAGUAUAUGUAGUUACUGAUAGUUAUUUGAUGCAUUGGCAUAACUGUAAGGUAGUUAGAUUUUGUUAACUGAAUGAGUUCUUAGUUAGCACUCUUCUGUUAAUAUAUUGUACCUUGAUUAUUGCUUUUAAUGAAAUAACUCAAAUUUA